CCCGGUUGGAAGGCCCGUUUUUAUUUUAGUGGGGGGAUAUUGGUAAUAAUAUAAAACAUCUUUGAAAGCUUGCAGAAAGGGCAUUGCUAUUUUUUCCGUAAAAAAAUGAGUUUCGUGAGUUUUUUGUGGGUUUCCAGUGCAUUUAUAUUGGCUCGAUGCGCGGGAUUGCCUAAAAAAGUUUUCUAUGCCGAUUUGGAUACUGCGCCCAGUUAUAUGUUAGAAGGAUAUUACAAAAAUCCUUCAUUUAACCAAAACUAUUAUCCAGGAUCGUUAUCAGCUGUUGUAACAAAGGAUGUCGUAGCUACGAAUUCCUUCUCUGGACGACCACAAUAUUAUCCUUUGUUCCAAGAUGACUCUAAGGAAGAUUAUACUGAAAAAUAUCCUGCAGGACAAAAUAAUAUCCCAACUAGAAAUCCAGAAUUAUCCCUGGAAGAAGAAUCCAGAGGAGAUAGCACUCAAGACAACAGAAAUGUUCCUACAUCAAACCGAAGAGGUAGGAAACCUCACAGACCUAUUCAAGAUGAAGAAGAAGAAGAAGAUUCACCUUGGCCAUUUGCAAAGAAUGGUCCUUCCUACACUUCAUUCUUUCCAAUUAACAUCAGUGGUGGAGGAGGUGGAGGUUUGAGGCAUCGCUCUAAAAACACUGAAGGGGGGCAAGAUGACGUCCCAUAUUCCCCUCCAGGUUCUGCUACGGCCAUAGCCAACGCUUUUUCAACAGGAAAAGGUGGAAUUGCUACCUCUCGUGCAACUUCAUUUGGAGACCCUUAUCUGGCAGCCAUGCUUUUAAGAAAUGGAAUGGGAAACGUUAAAGGACAUAGGGAAUAUUAAUGAAUUUAUAAUUUUUAUCUGGAAAUGCUUCCCUCGAAUGUGCGAUAUUAAAAUAUCUAUAUUAAUUUUGAGAUCUAUAUUUCCUGAUAGAAUACUUUACAUCAAAAUAUCCAUGGACUUCCAUUACGUUUGAGGUGGAAUAUUUUCACCAUCUAAAUGACACAAUUAUUUUUAAUUAAAUAUUAUUUAUUGUACACUGAAUAAAUUUUCACCGCCAA